AUGUCUGCUGAUCUGGUUGACUCUCUGUCCGCAGAGUUCCCGGUGCAUGUGAUGUGCUCCAGCCGUUGGCCCAUCUUCGAGGCCGUGGAGCUGUUCACCAUGAGCCUGGGUGAGAAGGAGCAUGCGCUUGCUGGCCUUCCCGACGAUGCGUGCGAUGGAGUUUCGGGUGGUGUCCUGAAUUGGCGCCAACUUCGCCAGCUGGCCAAUGAGUGGUCUCGCCAAAGGAUGGCCCUUGGUGUCGGUCUCGACGAGGAGAGACGAAGAUCCAUCAUGCGAGCGAUGGUCACUGCCAUGGGGGUCGUGUUGGACAACUGGGACAAAGCCAUGCAGGAGUGCCCAAUUGGAUGCGCUUUCCUCGCUGGGCUGGAGGGCUCCAUCGAGAUCAUCCGCUCUACGAGGGGCUUUGCCAAGUACAGCAACGCGCUUGACAAAGUCAUUCAUGAGGGCCUUCUCUCGGCCGUGUCCUGUGGAUGGCCGCUCGGAUACGUCUUGGCGCAGCUGUCGGACAUGAACAAGGGAAAGAGGUAUGCGGACCGGAAUUACAAGUACAUGCGCAAUUUCGCAGAUCUCGACCUGCACUUGCAGGAGCUCUCGCCACUGGUACGCCCUCCCGACAGCGGCCAAGAUGUAUCGACUUGGCGUCGGCAGGGUGCCAGAAAGGCUGUGGCUCUCGCCAGAUUGCCGUGGACGCAUUUCAGGUUUCUGCUCCAUACAAAGGCCCGGCACAGAAGGCGCAUUCUGCGCGAGGCGCUUCAAGCCAUAGCGCGGUUGACAUCUCGACGUGCGACCAAAUCACGGGCUAUGUCUGGCGGAGUUGCGGUUCGUCGACAUGUAGCCUUGACACUCCUCUACGGGAGCUCGUGGAUCCACCUGCUGGAGCGCACCGUACUUCAUCUUGAACGACUUCAUUUUGCUUGGCCGCUUCUAGUCGUAUCCAUUGGGAAGGAUGCUUUCAAGGCUUGCCGCCGGCUCCAGCAAAAGUCUUCGUCAGUCAGAGUUGGCUGCUGGAGACCCAACACACCCUCUCAGGUGCACAGGUUUACGAUCAUUCACAUUCUUCUCCAUGUUGGUGUGGACGUCUUCUACUUCGACAUGGAUACGUUUUUCCUGAAGAAUCCUUUGCCGACAUUGCUUUCGCAGGCGCGCAAAGGGAAGCACGAAACUAUGUUUUCUGGACACGGCGAUGGAGAUUGUAUCAAUAUCGGUGUGUUUUACAUCAAAGCGACGUUUCGCAUGACCGAGUGGUUCUCUCGGUUUCUGGACUGGUACCAUGAGCAUCAGUACGAAAUUGACCAGCGCGGUCUUGAUGUGAUGCUGGGAUCGCCCUUGCAGACUCCAGAGGGUGAGCUUGGAGUGGCCUUCCCACCGGAGAACCUGCCAAAGGUGCGGGUCGGUGUGAUGGAAGACGAGAACGAGGUCGUCAUCGGCUUCAUUGGUUGGUACGGGCAUGUCUCGCGCAUGCUCGUGUUUCACUGGUGCAAUUCUCCAUUGAAAGACAAGUGGGAGGAGAUAAAUGCUGUCUACGAUGCUGCGGAAGCCAUCGAGGCAUGGAUGCCGCUCUCCCUGGCUAUGUCCGCGGUCUCCACCCGCCACUUCCGAGUGCUGCCGCGGGAGCCGUCGGAGCCGUGGUCAAUAGCUGCAACCGGCAAGUCUCCCCUGGGUGGUCCUGUGUGGCGAGCGAUUGCCACUGCGCGACAGGUGAUCGAGGCAUAUCGGCUGCCGAAGCCUCUUGUUCGACUUCCCUGCAACUGA